AUUGUUGUAAACAAGUCUUGUUCAAUUAUCAAGAAUGUGUAUGUGUGCGUGUUGCGUAGGCGCAUAAUUCCCAGUGUAUUUUCGACUUCGUUAUCGAUCAGUAAGACGGCCAGCUGUUCUCUUUAAAAAAAAAACAUACCGAGUUGACAUUCAACUUGGGUGUUUAAAAACAAAAGAGUGUGUGAUGAAAUAAGUUUUCUGAGUUUUCUAGUGUUUGAUAUAAGUGGGUGUGUGUGAAAAAGAACUAUGUAUGCUAUAAGGAGUGUGCGAGUGAGACAGCUAGCUAAAUGGAAGGAGUACCACUCUGGACUGGGUGUGUUCGGACAUCGGCCUCAGACGACUGUUGACAGUGAUACCCCCAGAGACGUGCUAUCGCUACGCAACGAGCACAGCCGCGCGCAGCGACUAGUCGAGGCGUACCGCACUCACGGACACAAGCGAGCCACCAUCGACAAUGUGGACUACAGACAAGGAAGCAGAGAAGUGAAAGAGCUGGAAACAUCCAGGUAUGGCCUAUCUCCACAAGACGUUGUGGACUUAGGCCUGCUCUACGGCCGGAGCGGGAAGGAACCUGUGCAAAAUUUAGUCCAAGAGCUAGAAGACAUAUACUGUGGCCCGAUCUCAUAUGAAUAUAGCUAUUUAGAAACUGAAGCAGAACGAGAAUGGUUCGCGCGUCGCGUAGAAACCACAUCCGAGUCGGACAAAUUAGACAAAGACCGGAAAAUACAAAUAGCCAAGGAGUUGUUGCACUCACAGACGUGGGACAAGUUCCUGGCCACCAAGUUCCCCACGGUCAAGAGAUACUGUGGGGAGGGGGCCGAGUCUCUGCUGACGUUCUUUUCCUCUCUGUUCCGGCUUUCUACGGAAGACUCAGUGGAACACCUGGUGGUAGGGAUGGCGCACCGUGGCAAGCUGAACGCGCUCACCGGGGUGCUGCAGUGCCGCCCCGCCAGGAUCUUCCACAAGUUCAGCGGCAACCCUGAGUUCCCCGAGGAGGCUAAUUCUACGUGCGACAUCUCUACUCACUUUAGUGUUUCGGAGGAUAUAAAAGUGAAUAAUAAAACUGUUCGUGUUUCCCUUUUAAAUAAUCCCUCGCACCUUGAAGUCUCUUCCCCGGUAUCCAUGGGCAAGACCCGAGCGAAACAACUACAAAUAAAAGAAGGUGAUUACUCCCCAGACGGAUCCUCCAGAAUGGGCGACAAGAUUGUUAAUGUUCAGAUCCACGGCGACGCGGCGUUCACGGGGCAGGGCGUGAACCAGGAGACGCUGAUGCUGACGCAGGCGCCGCACUUCCACGUCGGCGGCUCACUGCACGUCGUCGUUAACAACCAGGUGGGGUUCACGCUGCCGGGGCACCGCGGCCGCUCGUCGCGCUACGUCACGGACCUGGCCAAGGUCAUCGCCGCGCCCGUCAUACACGUCAACGGAGACCAUCCGGAGCUAGUGGCCAAGGCGACGAGCAUAGCGUUCGAGUACCAGCGCUUGUUCCGCAAGGACGUGUUCAUAGACUACAACUGCUUCCGGCGCUGGGGACACAACGAGCUGGACGACCCCACCUUCACCAACCCGCUGCUGUACCGGAUGAUACACGCGAGGCCAUCCAUACCAGACCUGUACGCUGAAAAACUGAAAGCCGAGAAUGUUUUAUCCGAAGACAACGUCUCCAAUAUUUGUAAAGAGUACUCACAGUAUCUUCAAUCGGAGUUCGAUGCAGUGAAGUCUUACCAACCAGAGGCAUCAUACUACCAAGAGCAAUGGUCGAAGAUGGGUCCCGCCCCGCACGCAGUGGAGACCUGGGACACGGGGGUGGACACUGGCCUUCUCAAAAUGGUCGGGUUAAAGUCUGUCACUGUUCCAGACGACUUUAACAUUCAUCCACAUUUGGCCAAAACACACGUGAAGAACCGUCUGACUAAAAUAUCAGAAGAAAAGGAUUUAGACUGGGCCACGGCUGAAGCUUUGGCUUUCGGUUCCCUACUCAUGGAGGGUCACCACGUGCGGCUCAGCGGCGAGGACGUCGGUCGCGGCACGUUCUCCCACCGUCAUGCCGCCCUGGUGGACCAGCAGACGGAGCGGGUGGUGGUGCCGCUCAACCAUGUGCAUGAGGAGCAGAAGGGCAGGUUGGAGGUGGCUACCUCCAUCCUGUCCGAGGAGGCGGUCCUCGGGUUCGAGUACGGCAUGGCGUACGACAACCCCGACAGCCUCUGCCUCUGGGAGGCGCAGUUCGGAGACUUCUACAACGGCGCGCAGAUCAUUGUGGACACUUAUAUUGCUUCUGGCGAAGCCAAAUGGGUCCGCAGCAACGGCCUAGUCCUGCUGCUCCCGCACGGCUACGACGGCGCGGGGCCCGAGCACUCGUCGUGCCGGCUGGAGCGCUUCCUGCAGCUCUCCGACAGCCGCGAGGCCGCGCCCGACUGCGAGCGCGUGUGCCUCCACGUGGUGCACCCCACCACGCCCGCGCAGUACUUCCAUGUGCUGCGGAGACAGAUGGCGAGGAACUACAGGAAGCCCCUGGUGGUGGUGGCCCCCAAGGUGUUGCUUAGGCUCGCCGACGCCGUGUCGCCUCUCUCGGACUUCGCCCCCGGGACCUACUUCAAAACUGUUAUUGGCGACACGACAGCCGACCCGUUAAAGGUCAAGCGCGUGAUCCUGGUCUCCGGCAAGCACUACUACGAGCUCAACAAGGAGAGAGUCAAGGGGAAGGUGGAAGACGUGGCCAUCAUCAGGGUGGAGAGCCUGGCGCCCUUCCCGCUUGGCGCGCUACAGGCUGAGCUGGACAAGUAUACUAAUGCUAGGAAAUUCAUUUGGAGUCAAGAGGAGCACAGAAACAUGGGCGCAUGGUCGUUUGUGAAGACUCGCUUUGAAAACCUACUCGGGAGACGGAUAAUAUACUCCGGGCGGGCGGAGUCUGCGGCGCCGGCGGUGGGCACCGGGUUCCUGCACCGGAAGGAAGUGGAACACAUCGUGAAGGACCCCCUGUAUAACCUCAAGUGAUCAUCCUGUACAUGUACAUUGUACAAUACCUAAUUUUGUUAAUUAAUUUAAAUCGUGAUACUAUAUUAUGCAUUUUUAAUUUAUUAAAUUAUGUUUUUGCAAGUAA